GGAUAACUGUCAUGUACAUCCUCCUGCAGAAGAGCUCGUUAAUGGCAACAUUUUCUUAUGUUAUCUUCCAGCUAACAUCACAAGUCUGAUCCAACCAAUGGAUCAGGGAGUGAUACCAAAUGUAAAAAUGUUUUACAGGCGUGACCUCAUGUGAAAAAUGACUAAUUUUGACAGGACAAUUCUGGACUUUCAGAAAAAGUAUAAUCUCAAAGAUGCUAUCUACACUGUCAGUUGUGCUUGGGAUUCUGUGAGAAGUGAAACAUUACGAAAAUGUUGGAGAAAGUUGUGGCCAGCUGUGAUAUCUGUGGAAUCCUCCUCCUCCCCCAUCGAGGGGUUUCCAGUCAAUAGUGCAGCUGCCAGUAGCAGAGUUUAUGAUGAAAUCUGUGAGUUAGUUGACUCUGCUAACGACAAAAUGAAUUUGUCUCGAGAUGAACUCAACAACUGGCUUGCUGUGGAUGAAGCUAUUCCAGUAACUCAUACAGAAGACAUCAUAGAAGCUGUUGUGAAUCGUGGAAAAAUGAAUGUUGCAGAGGAGGAAGAGAGUGAUGAUGAUGGAUGUGAGGUGGAAAAAGUACCCUGGCAGAGAGCAACUGCAGCAUUUGAAACUGUAACAGCUUUUGCAGAACAGCAACCCUCCUUCACUUCUCAGCAUGUUAUGCAGCUGCACAUCAUGCAAAACCUAACUUCACGUGAGAGGCGUAGGGCCUCAAAGCAAGCUGAUACUCGUUCAUUUUUCAAGAAAGCUGCACGCAAUUUUGCCAGUACAGCAUCAUCUACUGAUGUAGAUCCAGAACCAUCCACUUCUCCUGAUCCUGUCCCAGCUACAUCAUCAGAUUCUGAUGAUCCUGAUGCGAUGUCUACCCAGUAAACUCUCUACCCCUACUGUAACAGUUUUAAGUGUGUAUGUGUGUGUUUUUUCCUAAGUUACUUGAAGUUAAAAAAAUUAUGUUAGUGAAGUUCAUUAGGUUGAAAAGGUUAUUGACUGCCAUUUGACUAAAAUUGCACACUGCAUUCACAAAGCUGUUUUUAUAAU